GUGUAAUAUCAACGAUAAUUAUUUUCGCAUGAUAAGAAAAUUAUAUGCAGUUUAUAGAUUCGUCAUACUUGCCGAAUUGUGCAAUAAAAAGAAAAGGGCAGAAAGAUAAGAAUAUUUCGAAAAGUAUAAGCCUGUAAAAUAAAGGGUAACAUAAUAAUUAUAGAUAUUACAUGACUUCGCAAAAUAUUUUUUACUUGUAGGAGUAAGAGAGGGAAAUAUGAAUUAAGCAUAUUUAAGAUUAUUCAUAGUAAUUGCUAUCGUAAUCGAUAUAUAACAAUCGUCCAUAAAAUUUUAAUGUUCGUUCAUUAAGAGCUUUUGACUAUAAAAGAACGAGCUCUAUUUUUUCUUUCAAACGGCGCAAAAUUGCAAGACGAUUAGUAUCUUUAACAUAUAAGUCAAAUAACAUUUUAAAAUGAUGUUGAGGAUUAUUCUAUUUGCUCUGAUAAUAAUUAUACUUAUUAAUGUUUUGUCGAAAUUGUAUAAAUUUUAUGUUUUUCGUAAGACGAUUAAUAAAAUACCUGGUGAUGCAUCGUUCUUUGGUAACAUAAUCAAUUUCAACAGAUUAUCAAAAGACGAAUAUCAUAAAACCUUCUGUCAAUACCCGACUCGAUAUAAAGAAGGUAUUUAUAAAACAUGGAUCGGAUAUGAAGCAGUAGUAUACAUUUACAAGCCCGAAUAUAUAGAGGUCAUCCUCAGAAGUACUACGAAUAUAAAGAAAUCAAGUAUUUAUGAUAGCCUUAAGCCUUGGUUAGGAUAUGGUCUUGUAACAUCGUCUGGUUCUAAGUGGCAUCAAGACAGGAAAUUGAUUACCCCGGCAUUUCAUUUUUCUAUGCUCGAUAAUUUCAUGAUAGUAAUGCUGGAAAAGAGUGAAAUUUUGAUCGAUCGUAUAGAGAAAGAAAUUGAGAAAAAUAUUGGAAAAAAUGCAGUCAAUAUUUAUCCAUUGCUUGCUGAUUUUACGUUGGAUGUCAUAUGCGAAACAGCAAUGGGGGUUAACGUAUACGCGCAGGAUAAUACAAAAACUGGCUACCCCAAUCACAUACACAAAGCGGCGAAUGUUGCAUUGUAUCGUCAGUUACGUCCUUGGAUGAAACUCGAUUCGAUAUUUGCAUUGACAGCAGAAGGGAAACAAUUUUAUUCGUCGGUCAAGGAAAUACAUCGUUUUAAUAGAGAGGUGAUAAAGAUGAAAAAGGAGGCUCGUCGGAAGAAAUGCCAAGAUGACAGUGAAGUUGAUGAAUUAGGUAGAAAAAAAAGGAAAGCCUUCAUAGAUAUCUUAUUAGAUAUCAAUGAAAAUAAUUCUAAUCAGUUGUCGGAAGAGGAUAUGAAUGAACAAGUAGCUACAAUAAUGUUCGCUGGUCAUGAUACUAGUGCUACCGCUAUUUUUUGGACAUUGUUAUGUUUGGCAACAGAACCUGAAAUUCAAGAUAAGGUUUACGAGGAACUGACGGUUGUAUUCGACAAUUUGGACGGUCCAAUUAGCAUGAAUGCAAUUUCCCAAUUUAAAUAUUUGGACAGAGUAUGCAAGGAAACUUUGAGGCUCUAUCCUGUAGUACCUAAAUAUUCACGACAAAUAACAGAGGAAAUAAAGAUAGGUAAAUACAUAAUUCCGAAGAAUACAAUAUUGUCAAUUCAUGCUUAUGGUGUGCAUCACGAUCCCGAAAUUUGGACGGAUCCUGAAAAAUUUGAUCCGGACAGGUUUUUGACCAAUGAAAUGCAAUAUAGGAAUCCUUACUCAUAUUUACCAUUUAGCGGCGGACCAAGGAAUUGUAUUGGACAGAAAUUCGCGAAUAUACAACAUAAAUUGGUUAUAGCUAUAUUGUUGAGAAAAUGGAUGGUCAAAUCUGCGAUUCUAAGAAAAGAUAUCAAAACGUAUCAAUCUGUCGUUUUACGACCACUGGAUGAUGUAUAUUUACAUUUUAUACCGAGGAAAUAAGACCCCAGAGAGAGAGAGAGUGAGAGAGAGGGAGAGAGAGUUAGUUUCUUUUUCUUUCGAUAAAAUUCAUAUUUUUUGUAUUAUCGUUAAUAAAUUACAUUCAACGAAUAACUUUCUGUUCCUACGAAUUACGAAUUUUCCGCUUUGAAGAUGG